UGAUAUUUCUGACGAUGACUCUCUAAUCAGCUCUUCCAGCAAACACAGUCCUGUUAAUUCCUGGCCUAAAUCAGAUGACACUGACUUUCUUCUGGAUAACAAGAAACAAGCAGAAAUGUCAAAAGUUACAGUGCGGAAAAAGGAUACGGUGUUUGCACCAGGAGUACGGACAGCUUGGGAUUCUGAGAAGCCUGUGGAUCCUUUUUCUGGGAAAGCAGAUGAUGGAGGAAAACAGGCAGGAAAUAGAAAAAGAAAAGAAUCACCUGACACACAUCUUCCCUUGAAGCCUGCUGUGGAAACAAAAGAUUCUGAUGGGAAGAAAGCAGUAAGAGUGAAGGAUGCACUGCCACCUCAACCAGAUUGGUGUUUGGCCUCAUGUUAUAAGACUGCUGAGAAAUCAGAGAAUUUGAAAUCUGAUGAUAAACAACCACUUGCAACAUUACCAGAAUCUGAUUGUGCCCAGAAGAACUUGUCCAGUGGGGACCCGGGACCAUCGAGGCCUGUGGGCCUUCUGAAAAACUGCAAGGUUGCAUUGCAAAGCAUCUUUGGUGAGCCAAUGCCCAAGAUUCACAAGGCUGCCCUUGAGGGCUACAAGGACCGGGUGCAGUUUCUCAUCACAGCAGGCCAUGUCCAUGACAGAGACAGGGAAUGCAGGACUGCUCUGCAUUAUGCCAGUGCCUAUGGCCAUCCAGAAGUGGUGACUCUCUUGGUAAAGAGCAAGUGUGAUAUUAAUGCCUGUGACAGUGACCAUGACACCGCUCUGAUUAAGGCUGUAAAAUGCUACGAGGAAGGCUGUGCUAGUAUUCUCUUGGAGCAUGGUGCAAAUGUAAAUAUUGCCAAUGCCAAGGGCAACACUGCUCUGCAUCUUUCGGUUUUUCAUCCAAAGUCUUCACUAACAGCAAAACUGCUUUCGCAUGGUGCCGAUGCUGAGGCAAAAAACAAGGAAGGCCUCACACCACUUAUGCUUGCUCUAAGGGAAAACAGAAUGAAAGCGGCAGCAGCAUUGUUAAAAAAGACAGAAACAAAGAAUGUGGUGAAUGAGCCGGAAAGAAAAAAUUCUCAAUGUGAAAAAAAGGAAUCUUCAAAUUCUGACAAUAGCCCUGCAGUGGUUGCAAGUGAAUCUGAGACUUCUUUAACACCAGGCAAGUACCCCUCCACUCAGGUGUAUCUUUUGCUCCAAGAAGUUUGUUUUUUAUAUCAGGUUUUAGUUCACAGCAAAAUUAAGAGGAUAUCCAAAAAUUUCUGGUUUAUUAUGUGCCUCUCACACAUGGGUUGCUUUCCUCAGGGGCCAGAGGCCUCCACUACGUUAGAAUGCUUGUUAUAG